AUGAAGCGAUCCAAGAAAACCUUCAAUGAUCAGCAAGUUUCUACUGAUCGCGAAUCAGGUGCUGUUUUGAAGAAUUCAGUGAAAUGGGGUCUGAAUCCAAUGACACUCGUGGGUUUUAUAGUUGUUCUCUUGAUGGUUCUUACGAUUGUUUUCUCAGUUGCAUUCUUUUUCGGCGACUUACCUUCUGAUUGUUUGUGGACUUUGGCUGAAGCUAGAAUUUUUCAUGUUAAACAUUCAAAAGUAUCUGAAAAGGAUAUUCUGCAGCCACUGACAGUGCCAAAAGAUAAACUACUUGGUGGCCUUCUUCCUACUGGAUUUGAUGAAACAUCUUGUUUGAGUAGGUAUGAAUCACACUUAUAUAGCAAACCUCUGCAGCAUAAGCCUUCCUCUUAUCUUAUCUCGGGGUUAAGAAGAUACGAAGCUCUUCACAAGCAAUGCGGACCUUACACAGAAUUAUACAACAGAACAGUAGACCUUAUAAAGUCCGGUGAAUACAGUAGUGGUUCUUCAGUUUGUAACUACGUUGUUUGGAUAUCGUAUAGUGGUUUAGGGAACAGAAUACUAACCUUAACUUCUGCUUUCCUUUAUGCUCUACUCACAAAUAGAGUCCUUCUGGUUGACCCCAGAGCUAAUUUGCAUAACCUGUUUUGUGAACCUUUUCCUGAAGUUUCUUGGUUGCUUCCUCCAGAUUUUCCUAUUAUUGAUCAGUUUAGUAGCUUUAAUCAGAAAUAUCCACAUUCUUAUGGUUAUAUGGUGAGAAAUAAUGUCACAGGCAAGUCAAGAAUACCUUCAUUCCUCUACCUUCAUUUAUCUCAUGACUUUGAUGUGCAAGAUAAAUUAUUCUUCUGUGACACUGACCAAACUUUUCUCCACAAAGUCCCUUGGCUAUUUGUGAAGUCAAAUAACUAUUAUAUUCCUGCUCUUUUCUUGAUCCCAUCGUUCGAGCAAGAGUUAAACAAUCUUUUUCCAGAGAAAGAAACUGUCUUCCACUUCUUGGGUAAGUACCUUUUCCAUCCAACAAAUUCUGUAUGGGGGCUUAUUACUAGGUACUAUCAAGCUUAUUUAGCUCAAGCAGAUGAAAAAAUAGGCAUUCAAAUUAGAGUUUUCAGUUUAGGUGUAAGCAAUUUUAAGUAUGUGUUGAAUCAAAUAUUAGCUUGUGCAACAAAGGAGAAUCUGUUACCACAGGUUAACCUGAAUGAGCCUAUAGUCAAUUAUUCUAGCAAGACGAAGACUAUAAGCGUCUUGAUGACAUCUCUGAGUUCACGAUACUUCGAGGAGAUUAGGAACAUGUAUUGGCAGAAUCCUACUGUGACAGGAGAGAUUGUUAGUGUUUUUCAGCCAAGUCAUGAAGAGCAUCAACAAACUGAGAAGCUGAUGCAUGACAGAAAGGCCUUGGCAGAAAUGUAUUUGCUGAGUUUAACUGAUAAAUUGGUUACAAGUGGAUGGUCCACUUUUGGUUAUGUGGCUUAUAGUCUUGGAGGUUUGAAGCCAUGGAUUUUAUACAAGUUUAAAAAAGGGACAGUCCAUGAUCCGCCUUGUUUUCGAGCUACGUCUUUGGAGCCAUGUUAUCAUUCUCCCCCUUACUACGAUUGCAAGAAGAAAACAGCAAGUAAUAACACAGUUAACAUUGUUCCUCAUGUGAGACAUUGUGAGGAUAAUAGCUGGGGUUUGAAGUUAUUCGAUCAAAAAGGUGAAUUGUUGUAA